GUUUACAUUAUCAUUUUAUAUAGAGAUUAGCCAUUGGCAUUACAAGAUACUAGAUGUCGUUCCCAAUCUCGACAAAUCUUAUAAUGCAGCAAUCAGUUUAUCUGCUAGACUUAAAUGAAACGCGAUUGUCCAGGCUUCUGUUCAGACGAAGUUUUCGGCACGGUUUUAGGCGAAAUUAAUUUCCUACACAUGUUUCGUCCACUCUUUUUGCGCGUUUACGCGUUCAUUCUGUCUUCUAUAAAAUUUCCCGUCCUCAAUCUUUAAUGAACACGUCUGAGCCUCUCCUCGGACUCUGAAAGUUUCAGAUCUGCCCUCCCUAAGCCAAUUACACAUCCAUUGGUUUACUUUCAUACUUUGUAAGGUCUUUAGCUUCCUUCCAUUCUAUCCAAUGACAUCCACUUCCUCUUCCACAGCCACCACCCAUACAAAAAAUGACCCAAAAAGCGCCUUUGACGGACUUGCAUUGCAGAGUUCCUGUGCAGAGCCAUCAACAGUAACCGAAGACAUUCCCUACGAUGUAUUUAUCAAUCAUUGUGGACCAGAUGUCAAAGAAACUUUUGCUAAAAGAAUUUUUGAAACAUUGAAUGAUACGGGCCUAAAAGUUUUCUUAGAUAAGUACUCGCUUCAAGCAGGCGAUCAGGUAACCGCAGAAAUACAAGCAGCGAUGAGUAGUGCUUCGAUUCAUAUUGCCAUAUUCUCUCAGAAUUAUGUGCAAUCCCCCUGGUGUUUGGCUGAGCUGUCGUUUAUGCUCAAAACUGGCAUCCAAAUUAUUCCCGUCUUCUAUCAUGUUCAGCCUAGCGAUCUCCGAUGGGCGGAUCAAGGAAAGGGAAUUUAUGCCAAAUCAUUUGAAGAUCAUGAAAAGAAGGAUAGAUAUACAUCAGGCAAGCUUCAGGAAUGGAAAAUGGCGCUGAAGGAAGUUUCGUUAAUUCACGGUUACAUUGUUAACCUGAAUGAUGACGAAGGGUUGGCAUUGAAGAGCACUAUGAAUUCUGUACUUGACAAAGUGAGAAAAGUACCACUACUGGUAGCCAAGCAUUUAGUUGGACUCAAUGAAGCUAUCCAGGACUUCGAAAAAGUUGCAGAUGAAUCUUCAAUGAGUGGCCGGGCUGUAAAAGUUGUGGGGAUUGUGGGAAUGGGAGGGUCAGGCAAGACCACAAUGGCAACAGAGCUGUUUAAUAGGAAGCAUUCCUCCUUCGCCAAUUCCACCUUUCUUUUUGAUGUAAAAGAUGAUGGAGGAAAGAAAGCGUUGCCUGGCUUGCAGAAAAAGCUCCUGGAGGGCCUUCUACCACGUACUUUAGAAAAUAAACCAUUCCAUGAUGUACAUGAAGGUAAGAGAAUUGUGGUGGCUCGAUUGAGAUCUGUUCGCGUGCUCAUUGUUUUGGAUGAUCUCGAUCAUAAGGACCAACUAGAUGCUUUAUUCCCAGAAGAACUCCAACUCGGGUCAGGCAGUUUGAUUAUUGUAACAACUCGAGAUAGGGAUGUUCUCCCACCCUCCCGAAUCUCCUCCAUUUAUUCAAUGAAAAUGCUAAGUCCCCCUUGUGCCAAGGAUCUUUUCUGCUGGCACGCUUUCUUAGGCCCUAAUUCACCCCAGGAAUUCACCGAGUUGGUUGACAAGUUCGUUGAAAACAGUGGUAGAUUACCGUUGUCUCUUAAGGUUUUAGGUGCGCAGCUUUACAGCAAGACUAAAGAUUAUUGGGAAUCGAUCUUGCAUGAAAUCGAAAGAAUACUGCCGGAGGAAAUCACAGAGAGGCUAAAACUUAGCUAUGAUGCACUGGAUAAAGAAGAGAGGGAGACAUUUCUGGACGUAGCGUGCUUUUUUAUUAGGGAAAAGAAAAGUUUGGUUACUGCAGUAUGGGAUGGAAAAAGCCGGAGCGGUCUGCACAGUCUGGAAAGGCUGAGGAACAAGUGCCUCGUUGAACUCGAUGGUCAGAACCGCAUAAGAAUGCAUAAUCACCUUAGGGAUUUGGGGAAACAAAUUGCAUCUGAGCAUUCCCCUCAUCGUCUUUUCUCUCACGACCACUUCGAGGAGGCUAAUUACGACCGUCAUGCGCCUAUUCGGGGUAUAAUGACCGCUACAACUCAAUUUGUUGCAUGUUCUGCUCAUGACGAGUUCCCUAGAUGCUCGUCUGAUUUCCAGCCGACCUUAGAACAGUGCAUGGAGCUUCUGAAAAUCACAUGCAGAGGGUUAAGUUUUCUUGUUAUUAAAGGAGAUUGGGUUAAGGAGAAAUUUGCUGAACUGUCCCGGGAUCUAGUCUGGCUUCGUUGGUUUGAUUUUAAGCACGCACAUAUUCCUUCGUGGCUUUCAUUGGCGAAAUUAAGAGUUCUAGAGCUUCAUGGCGCUCUGAGCUUAGGCAAGUUGUGGGAGGAUGAAGAUCAAGCUCCUUUGCAGUUGAGAGAGCUGAUGAUUACCAGUACAUGGGGCAGUAGCUUCGAAAGCUUCCCGAGUUCCAUAUCACAAUUGAAACAGUUGAAAAAGAUAGCCUUGAUUGGUUACCUGGGAGACGAAUUCCGCAUUAAGACUUUGCCAGAGGAGUUUUGCGACCUCAAAUCACUGGAGCACCUGGAGCUUCGGCAUUGUAGAGCGCUAUCGUCACUACCCAUCGGUUUUGGAAAGUUAACAAGGCUGCGGCACAUAGAUUUAUGCUCUUGUGAGGAACUGAGGGUGUUGCCUGCUUCAUUUAAUCAGUUAAAACAACUGGAAUAUCUUGAUGUAUCGCAUUGUCACAAGCUUAAGCUGAGGUUGAACAUGCUGCAAUACAUCACAACUCUCCAGAAUUUGUUUCUUUCAGGGUGCCUGAAAUUGCAAGUGUUGCCUCAGGAAAUCACAAAUCAGGUGUCCCUGAAACAGCUCCAUGUGGAAGACACCAGGCUAAGGGAGUUUCCUGAUGCCUUCUGCGAACUCAGAAAAUUGGAAAUCCUUAAAAUAGGGAGCCCAUUGCUGACAAGCUUGCCGACCUCCCUUGAGAAAAUGUUCAGCUUGACUAGGCUUGAAAUUAUAGAUUCUCUUGAAAUGGAAGUUUUACCUGAAUCCUUAGAGAGUCUGAAUAUGUUAGAAAAUUUAUAUUUAGAAUUGUUAGGAAUUAAGUCUUUACCGAAAUCAUUUGGUAAACUGGCUAAUCUUCAAACUCUGGAGAUUUCUGGAUGCCCGAUCAGUGAAUUGCAUUUUGGGUCAGAAUCUGCUUGUUCAUUGGGGAAUCUCAAGGUGAUAAAUCUAAGCGAGACCAAUGUAACCAUGAUAUCAAUUUCUGAAGGCUGUUGCCCUGGACUUGAAACUCUCCAACUUAGGCAAAAUGACUAUUUAAGGGAGAUUGCAGCUCUGCCCUCUAGAGUUAAGAUGAUAGAAUUGUCAGAUUGUCAAGUGCUCAACAACAUAAGGGGUGUUUAUGGUCUGUCAAACUUGCAAAAUCUUGAAAUAUCUGGUUGUCCGGAGUUACCUUCAGAUUUUCCUGAAAUACCAUGUAUUGUUCGUCGGGAGUAGGUUGUGGGUUUCUUCACAAAUCUAUAGCGAAAGAAUGGUUCUGAAAGUGGCCAUGCCUAAAUAGUCCUUAUGCAGUCUAUGUUGUCUUCUAUUAAAAAAAAAAAAGAGAGAGAGAGAAGUAGUUCCUUUUGUUUGGUAUCAUUUAUUUGUUUACUUUUAAUGACGGACGUUUAACUUAACAAACCUGUCUUUUAAUUCUUGUGCAUUGUCCUAAACUUCAUUAUG